CCCUCCCCCUGCAGUGAGCUACGCCAUCUCCCGGAGUAGCGUAGGUAUUGGGGGGAACUGGGGUUUCUCUAUGUUAUGGGGGUGGGAAAAAGGGGUGUCUCUUCUCACCCUGCCCUGCCAAGCACUAUGGGCAUUUGGAGGUGGAGGAUGGAGGGUCUUUGUGUAGCGGGGGUUGUUGGAGGAAGAUGGGUGUGGUGCUGUAGGAGUGGUCUCCCCCUGCAGUGAGCUACCCCCAGCCACCCCCUGGAACACCACAUGGCACUGGGGGUGGGAGGUGGCAUAGAGGGAUGUCUGUGCAGUGGGGGAUAUGGGGAGUUGGCAGAAGGAGGGUGUCUUUCUCUGGACUCUGCCUGUGUCCUCUCCCCACAGAGAGCUAUCCCCGAAGCCCCCUAUGCAUGUGGUAUUGGGGUGGGGGUAUAGGGGAUAUUGGGGAUAUGUGGGUGUAAUGGGUGUCUCUGCAGUAGGGACUAUGUGGGGUAGGCAUCUCUCCACACUCCUCCCAUCCCCCACCCCAGUGAGCCACUGCCCCAGAGCACCAUGGGCUACUGGGUGUGGCAUAUUGGGUUGGGGUUCUCUAAGAAGGGGGUUUAUUGGAGGGGAUAAAGAGGGCAUAUCAGGGUGGAAGCUAUGAGCGGUAUUGGGUAUACUGGAGGGUCUCUACAUAGUGGGGUUAUUGGAGUGAGCUCUCCCCUGACCCCUGCAGCCCCCAACCCUGCCGAGAACCAUGGGGCACUGCCUGUCUGCUACUCAUCUAAGGAGUCAAUCCUGAGUGGGGCGGGGGUGGGGCAGACACCCCAUAGUGGGCGGGGCAGCGUGAUGCGACGGGCUACGGUGCUGGCCCUGCUGACAGUGGUGCUGGCCUACCUGGUGAGCGGCGCCUUCGUCUUCCGCCUGCUGGAGCAGCCGCAUGAGAGCCGCCAGCAGGAGGCACUGCAGGUCAUCCGUGAGCAGUUCCUGCAGAGAUAUCGCUGUGUGCCCAGCCAGGAGCUGGACACACUCAUCCUGCAUGUCAGAGACGCCAUGGGUGCCGGCGCUGACCCCACAGCCAACAGCACCAAUAGCACCAGCACCAACUGGGACAUGGGCAGCGCCUUCUUCUUCGCUGGCACCGUCAUCACCACCAUCGGGUUCGGUAACACAUCCCCCAAGACAGAGGGGGGGCGUCUCUUCUGCAUCUUCUACGCUCUGGUUGGGAUCCCGCUCUUCGGGAUGCUGCUGGCUGGGGUGGGCGACCACCUGGGCUUCUCGCUGCGCCAGGCCAUCAGCAAGGUGGAGGAUAUCUUCCUGAAAUGGCAGGUGAGUCCUACCAUUGUUAGGGUUCUCUCUGCCCUGCUCUUCAUCCUCAUUGGCUGCAUCCUCUUCGUCACCAUCCCCACCAUUGUGUUCCAGCGAGUGGAGGGCUGGACCCUGCUGGAAUCUGUCUACUUCGUGGUCAUCACGCUGACUACCAUCGGCUUCGGGGACUAUGUAGCAGGUGAUGGUAUGGGGGACAAGCACCCCUGGUACAAGCCUCUGGUCUGGUUCUGGAUCCUGCUGGGCCUCGCCUACUUCGCCUCCAUCCUCACCAUGAUUGGCAACUGGCUGCGGGUGUUGUCCCGUCGCACACGGGCCGAGAUGGGAGGCCUCACCGCGCAGGCUGCCAGCUGGACAGGGAAUGUGACAGCCCAGCUGCGGGUGACGGGCAUGGGGCUGCCCGAGAAGCUUCAGAAAGUGGGGACGCUGAAGGGACACCCACCCUCCCCUAUGCCCCCAGAGCUUCCACCUUCUCCACCACCUCCCUUGCCUCGCCCGGAGCUCCCCUCUCCCAGCACCGCCCUGCAGGUGGCCCAGCUCAACGCCCGCAACAUGGCCGCCUCAGCGGGGGGCGGCCUGCGCCCUAUAGACUACAUGGGGGAGAACCUGGCCUUCAUCGAUGAGAGCUCCGACACCCAGAGCGAGGCGCCCAGCGAAGGGGGGCUGCAGGCCAAGCGCCCCCGCCAACUCCGCCGCCUGCGUACCCGCCACACCCACGGCCAGCCCCCCGGCCUGCCUAUGGACCUGCUGAGCCGCACUCGCCACAAGGGCGAGGCGGUCUAGAGGGGAGUGGAGCGACCCCAGCACGGAGACUGCUACCCUGCAGCAUGGUGCUACCUGUGCCCCCAACAGCAUAGAGACUGCCCCCCUGGCUGUCAGCUGGGCCUUCCUGUCCCCCAUGGUACCAAUGGGCCCCCACCAACACAGACCUCCCAUCCUUCAUGGUACCAACUGGGCCACCCCGCAUGGAGACAUCCCAUCCCCUGUGAUGGCAACUGCCCCCCUGCUGCCAACUGCCAACCCAGCACUGAGACUGCCUCUCCCACCCCGGUACCAGCUGAGCACCCCUGGCACAGAGACACCAUCCUCCAUGGUCCCCUCAAGGUGCUAACUGUCCCUCCCCAGCACCAGACCCCACCCACGCCCAGAAAAGGGAUUUGCUCCCAUCCCCUUCCUGGUACCAGGAGACCCACUCCAAUACAGGGAACCCCACUGCACACAGACACCUACCACCCCAGUUCAGAGACUAACUCCCUCCCCUGGAGUGUCUGGGGGGCAGCUCGUGGGGGACACCCCCGUCUCCCCCCAAAUCUGUGCCUCAUUUGCCUUGUGAGCUGGGUCCUUAAGCCCCCCCAAAAGGGGGGAGGGAUCAAACUGCCAAAUGAUAUUCUGAACCCCCAAACUCCUGGGGGGUGACCCCUCCCAAAUCAACUGGGGGAAUUUAUUGAACCGAACAAGGGGCAAUGCUGUUCCCUGCUGCCUCCCCCACUCCCCCGUGGUGUAGGGAGUGGGGGUGUCCACCCAGCGAUCCCGCUGUGUGUCUGUCUGUCCUGUCGCCGCCCGCCCCCCCCAAUCCACACACACAAAGGUGCCUGUUUGACUCUGUUCGAUGGACGAUUUUUUGUUUUGUUUUUUAUUUUCCAGAUUAAACCAAAAUCUGAAUGAGA